AUGUCUGUGAAAUGUAAAAUCGAAGGAUGUCCUUGGAAGAUAACUGCAAAUGCAGUAGGAAAGAAUACCCCUUUCCUUCAUGUGACGCGAUUCAAUAAUGAGCAUAUUCACCAUGCACAAGAUUGUCUUCAAGUAAACCAUGGGGGAAGAGCUGCUCUAACAUUAUCUAUUAUUAUUGAAGAUGUAAGAUCACACAUAGAUAAGCGCCCUAGUGAAAUUAUGAAGACAUUACAGAGAGAAUAUGGAGUAAAUCUGACAUAUAAACAAGCAUAUGCUUCUAAAUUAAAAGCAAUGGAGGAUAUUCAAGGCAGACCAGAUCAAUCUUAUAUGCUUAUACCAUGGAUAUGUCAACGACUAAAGGAAAGUGAUUCGACAACAGUUGCUGAAUGGGAAGCUUCAAACAAUUACAUAUUUGAGCGUGUUUUUAUAGCAUAUGGUUGUUGUAUUGAGGGGUUCUUGGUUGGGGCAAGACAUAUAUUAUAUAUAGAUGGUACUCAUUUAAGUGGCCCAUAUAAAGGAACCUUGUUGUCAGCCUCCACAUAUGAUGCAGACAAUGAGUUACUACCAUUUGCAAUUGCUAUUGUGAAUGGGGAGAUAUUAGAGGACUGGACAUGGUUUUUAUCCAAGAUUAGACAGAUAACAGGGUCAAUUGAGCUGACCAUAGUUUUAGACCGUCAUAAUGCUAUAAUAGGAGCUGUACGAGUCAUAUUUGGUAGUGAUAGACAUGCAUUUUGCUAUUGCCAUGUGAAGGAAAACUUUAGUUCAGAAUGGUUGAAAAUAAAUAGAGGAAGGGGAAGGACAAGUGCUAAGAGUAAGGUUGAUGCACUAAAGUUGCUUGAUGAUAUUGCUUAUGCAAGACUUGAAACUGAGUUUGAUAAGGCAAUAGGACAUAUGAGGGAUAUGUCUCAAGAGUUAUUUGAAUGGCUUGUGAAUCAUGGUGAUAUUGAUAGGUGGGCUUUAAGUCAAUUCCCAUUUAAACGAUGGGAUAAUAUAACAACUAAUAUUGCUGAGUCAUUCAAUGCAUGGAUGGUGAAGGAAAGAAGGCAUAAUGUUGCACAGUUAAUCCAUGAACAUCGAGAAAAAGUAGCAAAGAAGAUGCACGCAUCAGCCAUGGCAAUCAGUAAGUGGAGGAAUGGUGUUGGGCCAAACAUCGAGGCUGUAUUGAUGGAAAAUGUGAUGAGAACUGAGCACAUGUUUCCUGUAUCUUAUGGAGGGAAUAGGGCAUGUGUUCAUACAGCUUAUGGAGACUUAGAAGUUGAUCUAGGUUUACAUGAAUGCAGCUGUGGAGCAUGGCAAAUGUCAGGGAUUCCAUGUGCACAUGCUUGUGCAGCCAUCAAGCUUGCCCAUGGAAAUGUGUAUGAUUAUGUUGAGGAAUGCUAUAAAAUUAAUCUCAACAAAAGAUUUAUAAUCGGAGCAUGA